AUGGUAACUCAAAGAAUUUUGAAUAUAUCAAAUUUAAAAACUGCUUCAAGAUGUUGGGUACCAAUAAAGCAACAAUUAACAAAAAACACUAAAUCAUCAUUAAAUAAUAAUCAUAUACAAAUUUCACAAAAUAUAUCAAAAUUAAAUCAUCAAAUUAUAUCAAAACAAUUUUAUUCUUCCAAAAUAAGAUGUAUAAAUUUUAAUAAUUUAAAUGAUUCUAUAUCAUUAGUAUCAAAUGAUGAUUUAUUUAAUAAUUCUUCAACUUCAACUUUAUCAUCUAGUACUUCAACAACAGAAGAAAGUGAAAUAUUUGAACCAACUAUUAAUUCAUCUGAAGAUAUUUUCACUGCUGGUCCAGUUAAUAGAGCUUAA